CCAUUCUAGAAUUUCAUGUCACCGUUCAACACUAUGAUCCAGAGUGCUCUCAGACAGAAUAACUGAUCCUUCAAGUUAUCAAACACAAUUUCAUCCCGCUUUUUCCUGUAUCGCCUACAGAGCAGGCUUGCAUACGCUUUUUGUACAGAUUCACUCUUUCUUCCAGAAUCUCUCUUGGUUCAGUUAUUGAUUUCACCUUUCAAUAUAUUUUUUUUUUUUUCUGACUUUAUGGUUUUAGAAACUAGGGUUUUAUAUUAAAAAAGUUAUAAGAAAUCGGCUAUGGGUGAAUUGAAGAUGGAGGAGAUGUCGCUUCCAGUUCUGUUCGAGCAGGCUCGAAAAAUUCACGAAGCUGCAUCCGAAUCAUCCGUCGAUCAGGAGACUGUGAAGAAAGGUUGCGACUUGUUGAGGCAAUGCGAGUUUAUGAUUGGAAAGUUGGGCUUAUUUUCGGCAAAUGAGACCAAGGAUGAUAUUAGCACUACCAAUCUCAAAUAUCUUCUGGUGCCUUAUUAUCUUGCUGAGUUGAUGGAGAAAUUUGCACAAGAGGACAGGAUUCAAAUUCUUAAGGCUUCACAGGCCAAGUUGAAGGAGUUUAUCUCAUUUUGUGAGGCGAUGGAGCUUGUUCCUGAAGAUGAAUUAGCAGCAUCUGCACAAUCGGGUGGUAAUUCAUUUGCAGAUCAGAGGGCUAAGAAGAUUGCUCGGUUCAAACGUCAAAAAGCUGCUGAAUCCAAAUUGCUAGAAAUAAAGGAGUGGAAGGAACGCCGUGGGCGUUCAACUAGAGCCUCUGCGUUAUCUACUCCAGUUGAGGCAGGGGAAGAUGAUCAGCUUGAUGAUGAUGGAGAAGAAGAAAGAGAGGCAUGGCUGGCUACCAUAUCCUUGGUGCUCUGUAAGGCGUUUGAUCUGUUGGAAAUGCUGAAGAAAGAGGAAGAGAUGCUUUCUGCUAUAAAAGAAAAGCAGUCACAGGAAGGGGACGUUGAAAUUUCACAGCUUACCCUUGACGAGCGCACCAAGAAAGCCGAGGCCUGGCAUCGGAAUGCUGCAACACGAGUUCGAUAUACAAAACCUGCACCUCCAAUCACAUGUGCUACUUUUGCUCAAGAUGUUAUAGAGGGGAGAGCUAAUGUUUCGCAGGCUCACGAGCACAAGCACCAGCCAAUGAUUUUUGGACCAACAAGUCUUGUGGCCAAAAACCCUACAAGUGAACGGGAAAUAAUGGCUGCUCAGGUUUUCCAGCCUCAUUAUAGAUUACCAACAAUGAGCAUAGAGGAUGCUGGAUUAAAGGAGAUGGAAAUAAUGAAUAAAUGGCAAGAGAGGAAUAUGCAGCUUAUGGAAGAAGCCAACUCCUCAUGGUAUAAGGAUAACCAGAAGUCGAGACCAGGCGAAGAGGAGGAUGAAGAAGAAGAUGAUGCUGCUCAAGAGAAAGCAAGGGCAUGGGACGACUGGAAAGAUGACAAUCCUCGUGGUGCAGGUAACAAGAAGCUCACUCCAUGUGGCUAAUGGAAAGAUGGUUGUUCUCCGAACUUGCUAAAUUUCUUGCUUGAUUGUAUCCGUUUGCGUCUUAUUGAUAUCAUUGUACUAUUUUUGCGCAUGCUGAAAACCAUAACACUGUAUAGCAGCAAUAGUUGGUUGUAUUGUCUUUAUGUCGAACUUGAAAUCCUAAUCGAACUCAGCAUUGUUCAUCAUUUCUAUGAUACGAAGUGAUGGCAAAAUUCACAACUUACAA